AUGAAAUUUUCUAAAGUUUUAUUUGUGCUUGCUGUCUUGGUAGCUUCAACUAAUGCAUUACCAGUUUCUGAUAGUAAAUUGUUGUUAAAGAGAGCUUUUGAUAAAGACCCUGUUGGUGGUGUAAAAGUUCGCGAGAUUACCGCAAAAGCCGAUGGAACAUUUGAAGUCAAUGGUAGUACAUUUCAAAGUGUAGAUAAUGCUCACCAAAGACAAUGCGAUGUUCAGAAAAAUGCCUGUUUUAAUAAAUUCAACGGUGGCGAUAAAUCAUUUUCAGGACAAGAUUGUGAAAAACAACAACAAGAGUGUACCGAGGGCGACCCUGUUUUUGCGAAAGGUGCUAGUCCAAAAGAUCUUGAAAAAAAGAAAGAAGAAGAAGAGCCUACCAACUUUAACACAAACCCUGUUGGUGGUGUAAAAGCUCCUAAGAUUACUGAAAAUGCCGAUGGAACAUUUGAAGUCAAUGGUAGUACAUUUCAAAGUGUAGAUAAUGCUCACCAAAGACAAUGUGAUGUUCAGAAAAAUCUCUGUUUUAAUAAAUUCAACGGUGGCGAUAAAUCAUUUUCAGGACAGGAUUGUGAAAAACAACAACAAGAGUGUACCGAGGGCGACCCUAUUUUUGCGUAA